CGCACGACAAGCGCCCUCAGACACGCGGGCCCCCGCGCACCGUAUAUGCUUACACUCUCACAGUCGGCCUCAAUUGGCUUUUCUAUAGGGCACCACUCAUUCUGCAGGACCAUAUCGUGCCACUGGUCAUGCAAGUUCUGCGCAUAGCACACGCCCAAUUGAGAUUGAGCGCCUUGCCUCGCCCUCGAGUUUGAUCCUGUGUCUUCCCGUCGUCGUCGUCGUCCUCCUCCUCCUCCUCUCGCCCUCACCGUCCGCCCGCCACCGACCGACUCCUCCUGGCAUGAAGCCUCACCGCAUGAUCUACGCCAUCAGAGCCCACGCCACAAGCCGUUAGACAGCCAGCCACACCCACCUGGGCAGCAUGGGCGACUCCAGCGGCACCGACGUCGCCUCCCAGGCCGCCACCGCGCGCAGGGAAUGGGGGCGCUUCCUGCAGCGCUGUCUGGUCCAGCGCCUAGACUUUGACAAGUUCGCCGAGUAUGCGCCCCUGCUGCACGCCCGCCACCCCCUCGGCCACGGCCCCGUCGCCGACCUCGUCCUCCGCCCGACCUCGUGGAACAGGUACACCCUGGACCCGCGCGUGCCCCACUACAUGCAGACGCUGCUGGAUCUCGGCCUGGUCGACACCCCGGCCAUCCUCGCCGCCCUGUACCGGUACUCGACGUGCCACGUCCUGCUGGCCGCACACCGGAAACAGGGCGACGGCGGCGGGGCGGACGGUGGCGGGGCCAGUGGUGGUGGCGACAAGUCGGCAGCCGAGGCCGGCGCCGGCACGGGCAAGAAUGAUGUCGCGCGCUGCUGGCAGAGCAGCUUCUCGUCCGAGGAGGUCAUCUUCUACCGCCUCACCAAGGCGGUGGCGCAGGGGCUGGCCAUCAGGAACAGCAGGGACGCCUUGGAUGUCAGUGCCAUCAUGGCCCGGUGGAUGACCCUGUUCACGGCUGCCAGCGCCGCAUUCCAGGCUGACGAUGAGGAUGCCAUCAUGGGUGGUGCGGGCAGCAAGGCCUCGCAACAAAAGAGAGACGAUAUGGACAACUCUAGGGCGGCGUUCGUGAUGCUGUUGUUGGGUGUCUGUGAGAACCCAGUCUUGCUGCAGGCCCUGGGCAAGCCGUUCGCGAAAGGUGCGCGGAAGGGCCUCUCGCAGAGCCUUGCCAGCUUCAUCCCAUCCAUAAUGCAAAAUGCCUCCCAGAUUGCAGCACGCCUCGAACUGUUUCGCACCGAGACGCUGGCCGGGUUCGAGCCAAUCGACAAGAAGAAAGAGGCUGCCAACGCUGAAAUGGACGAGCUGCUCGACGAGACCCUGGGCCUGCAAAAUCUCUCAAUACCGGACCUACACGUCGACAGGUCUCGCGCAGGAUUAUACAUUUACCUCAACGCGGCGCUCAUAGGAAGGCCCUUGAUCGACGAUGCAGCAUUCUACAAUUACUUGCAUAACAGAUAUCAGGGAGACAUUCAACUGACUGCGAUCGAUCUCAUUCUCGCAUCCUUUGACGUUCUCGCCAAUGCCAUCUUCAAGAACGAGGGCCAGAAGACUGCGAAUCUCAUAAGAUCAUACCUGAUCAACAAAGUGCCCCUGAUCCUGGCCUCCUUUGCCACGCAGGAACCAAUGUACCAGUUCAACUCAGAGUUGUGCAUUACGAAUGCGCUAAGUCGGGUUGACACCAAUACAUUUCCGACACUGACAUCUCUCUUCGAAAACAAUAUUAGCAGCAACCCGUUCACAGAAUCAGUCCGCUCAGAUUUCGUCACGGCGUGUUGCCUGCACGGCCUUGUGCCCGAGACAAGUAUUGAUCGACUGAUUGGGGAUUACACGUACCAGACCCUUCCGGCCGGGGGACGUUAUGACAAGGACAAACUCGUGCAGGAGUGUCUUGCGGAUCCGCUCCAAGAGCGUAUCCAGAAGCUCGUCACCGAACUUGAAAGUAUGGACGGCAACGUCGGUGCCUGCUGCCAGGCCUUGACGGAGAUGCUUGGGAAACUUUGUGCAAAUAAGGAUACAAUGUCGCUGAAGACGCUCUGUUCCAAACUGGUGGGGAAACCCCUGAACCUGGAUGUUCUGUUGCUGUUCGACAAGCCCACGACUAUCCUCAGUCCUCUUUGCGAGCUGCUGGACAACUGGGGAUACGAGGAUGACCAAGGGGAAUAUCAACCGGUCUAUGAGGAAUUCGGGUCUGUCUUGCUGUUGCUGCUGGCAUUCGUCUACCGCUACAAUCUGACCGCAUCCGACUUGGGAGUCCGGUCGUCGGACUCAUUCGUGGCUAAGCUUCUUGCCAAUGGGCAGCUCAGCCGCCCGCUGGACGAGCUCAGCGACCAGGAAAGGAACCAGCUCAAUGGUUGGAUCCACGGCCUCUUCGACACGGACGGCGGGGGUCUUGCCGAUGAUUUGCUCUCAUCUUGUCCACCCCAGGACCUCUAUCUGUUGAUACCAACUCUGUUCCACAACAUCGUGCUGGCUUUUAGCACCGGACACCUGACAGAAGAGACCCUCAAGACGGGCAUCGAAUAUCUCGUGGAGCCUUUCCUGGGUCCGUCCCUCGUGACGGGGAUCAUGUACCUUUCCAAUUGCCUAUGGACCGACCGAUCUGAGGAAAACAAGGCUACGGUCAAGAUUCUGCAGCUUAUCGUAAGACCGAGCCAGAAGAUGUCGCCAGAGUCCUCCGACAUGCUCAACACUGUUAAGAACAUUGUUGCCAAACCCCUGGAGAGUGGAUUGCGCACGUACCAGAGGCAAAACCCCAGGAGCCAAGAUGUCGAGCCGCUGUUGCAGGUCCUCAAAGGCAACGUCGAGCUUUCCAGGCGCACAGGUGCAGCGGGCGACAAGGAGCUGGAGCAGUGGAUCAGCAGCGGUAGUGGCGGCCUCACGUCGAGCAUCAGAACCACGUUCCAGAACCUCACCAUGUGGUCACUGAACCCAGGCGUCAUGCCGACUGCAUACGCACACCGGCAGGUCCUGGUUGGACUGAAGCUGAUGGGCGCCAGGCGGCUGCUCCAGGCCAUCCUCGAGGAGCUCAAGCAGCUGACCGAGACCGGCAACGGGAGCAUCGCCUACGACGUCGCCAUCGCACUGGUCUGCGCUCCCGAUGUAUCGAGCAACGCGAACGACGCCCUGGCACCCACUCCGCCGCAGCGGCGGCUGUCACUGCGCGAGGCGCUCAAGUGGGAGGCCGAGGAGUGGAAAAAGACGCAGAAGAAGGACCCGGCCAUGGCGGAGACGGUGGUCCGGCUAUACCAAAAGGUUGAGGCGCAGAUGGCGCCGGUGGCGACCUUGGCGACGCUCCCACACGACGCUGAUGCCGCCGCCGCCGCCGCCAUGGCCAAUGUGCUUGUGGACGACGCUGCUGCCGUCAACGCCGCUGCGAGCCAGCUCGGAAUGGAUGACCCCAUGGCGCUUGAUGCUGGUGCGGCCGGCCUGUCGUUGGACCUGUCAGGCGGUGGCGGAGACCUGAACCUGGGAGGCUCUGGGGUGGAUUCCGCGGGUGGGCUGGACCUCACCGGGGGCGAUGACAUGUUCAGCUCGUUAGGGCCGUUGGACGGAUGGGAUAGCAUGGAUCUGACUUAGGCAGGAAGUGAAAUCUGUCACGCGGCCUUGCACACAUCCCCCACCUCGGUCUUUAUUUUUGGACGUUGGGAGUUGUUGGUAGGUGGGUGCUCUGGGCCAUAUGUUCUUUUUUGAAACGUGAAUGUGGGCAAUUUAUACCCCCCCUUUCUGUCCUGGGUACGGACCCGAGGCUGGAAUGCGGCUCAUGAUCGAGCUAGAAGAGCAUUCUUUUGGUUUAUGGGGCUUUUUGCUACAGAAACAUGCGAUGGGAUAUCAAAAAGGAAUUUUACACUUGACAAAAAA